AUGCUAUCGCCGCUACCAUUUGCGGCGGACGAAGAUUCCAAUGGAAGGUGGCCGCAAUUCCCAAUCAACAACGAACUAUUCGAUUCACGUUCAACAUUUGAUCAUCUUCCUCCGUUUCAAGCGGCCCAGAACAUCCGAAAGCAGUCACUUCGAUCACUCGCCAUUCCCCCCGCCAGGAUGCACCACCUUCAAAAUCCUCCGACAAACAGAGGAGGAACGAGCCACAUUUUUUACAAGACUCGCCCUUGUGCUAAAUUCAAAAUGGGCACCUGUAGGAACGGCGAGAAUUGCAAUUUUGCUCAUGGCGAAGAGGACAUGAGGCAGCCACCACCAAAUUGGCAGGCACUUGUUGGUUUGCGCGAUGAAGAACGGCCGUCUGGAAACUGGGACGAUGACCAAAAAAUCAUACAUAAGAUGAAGCUGUGCAAGAAGUAUUACAAUGGUGAGGAAUGUCCUUAUGGUGAAAGGUGCAAUUUUCUUCAUGAAGACCCGUCCAAGUUCAGGGAUGAUGCAGGGAGGAGCAGGGAGAGCUCAGCUAUAAGCCUUGUGGCUAAUGUCUCCAAGUCGCACUUGAAUGGCCCUAAUAAUUCAGACAAUAAUAAGACUGUCAACUCUGGUUGUGAUGGUUUUAGAACAAAUGGGAAGGCUCCUUUCUGGAAGACCAAGUUAUGUAGCAAGUGGGAGACAACAGGACAGUGCCCUUUCGGCGAUAAAUGUCAUUUUGCUCAUGGACAAGCAGAGUUACAAGCGCCUUGUGGACGCGGUGAAGCAGAAGCUAUAGGAGCACAAUCAAUUCCAAUAAAUGAUAUAACUCCUAUAAACACUGCAAGUAUACUUGAUUCAAAAGAAGAGGAGCAGAACAAGAAGAAUUUGCUGAAGUGGAAAAUAAAUAAGAAGGUCAAUCGAAUUUAUGGUGAUUGGCUCGAUGAUUUUCCAUUUCCAAGGUAGGUAGUGGGAUAGCUAGAGUUUGAAUCUUGGAAAGUUUGCUUUCCGUGAAAUUUUGAUAAUAUGGGGUCACUUAUGCUUGGUGAUCACUUCAUUGGUUUAUUUAUUUUCUUCUUUUUUUAUGGGUUUCGAUAGUUAAUUUUUUGUUCAAAAGGGUCCAUUGUAUUUCUAAUGGGUUGAGAUGAUUCUCCAAGUUUUAAGGGCAUGCUCUGAACAAAUCAUGUAUUCAAUUUCUAUUUUAUAUAUGAAAAUAUGAU